AGUUCUCUACAAAAUUUUAUUAGUUGAAAUAUGUACUUUUCCUUUGGAAGCAUUGAUAAUGCCCUUAUUGUUAAGGUACCUAAAAAAGGCUCAAAAUAUGAAGAAUCACCAUUGAUGCAAGUUGGUUAUUGUGGAAGAGUUAGAUAAAAGAGAAAAAUGUACAAAUGAAAAAUAAUGACAAGUGAAUAAAUAAAUUUGUAGUAAUGUUUAGAAGAAAUAAAAAAAUAUUGAAGACAAAUUUAAGACUAUCAUGUGAACAACACAAAUCGAUUAGAAGAAAAUUUAUUAUAUUAAAGAAAUUAACUUUAGAUAAGACCACAACGAACAAGCUUACAUAAAUAAAUAUAAAAAAUUAUUGAUAACCCAUUUAAAUACUAACUCAAAUCAAAUCAUUUUAAAUAUAAAAUAAAAACAUGGGCACUCUCUAACAAGAAUGUGGUGAAGAGAAAAUGUCUGUACAUCAUAUAGAGUACUUGGUCUGGAAUGACAUCCAUUUCACUCAAGGAUGUCAUUUCAAUUAAGACAACUAAAAAAUGGACAAUCUAAACAUCUUAUUUGAUGAAAUAAGCUUGAAAAAACUCUGAAUUCCACUACAGAAGAUGGGUACCAAAAAGAAGUCUGACUUGCAUGCUGCUCUUGGUCCUUUUUAUGUGAACGUUAUUAAAAUCCUCCUUUCAUUCGUUCAGUCUCGUCGGAUUUAUGCGCCUGCGUGUCUGAGAGUGCAUUUUCUGUAGUUUUCUUGUUCUUUUACUAGUUCUGGUUUGUGCUGCGAUUCAGAUCGUAGCUCAGUAUGACUACGGAGUGUGGAAUGAGCGCGCAGAUUGCAGACGAUACGAGCAUUUUAAAUCAAUGUGUGGUGUUGGAAAAAGAUGGGCAUGUGCAUGUAGAGGAGAAUAUAUUAAAUGUGAACGAAAUGGAGAUGGGUUCCGUUCUUCUGAGUAUAAUGUUUGGGGAAGUGUGUGGCACAGACGUUCAUCUAAGACAUGGGCGUCUCAAUACUGUUGUUUAUCCAAUAAUACCUGGCCAUGUUGCUGUUGGAACCGUGCACACAGUUCGUGGGGACAUUGCAGAUGUCGACGGAAUGAAGGUUGAGGCGGGUGAUGUGGUCACAUUUUUGGACGUUAUUGAUACCUGCAACUCUUGCAUCCAGUGCUUGGUGGAUAAGCAAACAACACGGUGUUCUAAAAGAAGAGUUAUAGGAAUUACCUGCAAAGCAGAUCAUACGAGCAUUAGAGGACUUCUCGGUGGAUGGACAACAUAUCUUUAUCUUCCUCCAAAUACCAAGAUAAUUCGACUUCCAAGAACUCUCCCUCCACAAGUUUUUAUUGCAGGAGGUUGUGGACUUCCUACUGCACUGCACGCAGUUGACAGAGCAAAUAUACAUAUAAUGGAUCGUGUAAUCAUACAAGGUUCUGGACCAGUUGGGUUACUAGCUGCACUGUUGGCCCAAGCUAGCGGAGCUCUUCAGGUGGUAGUGAUUGGAGCUCCUGCUCACCGUCUCGAAGUUUUUAAAAAAUUCGGAUUUGAACACACUAUCAACAUAUUAGACAUUUCUGAUCCUGUGGAGAGGAGGAAAUUAGCUAUGAAAAUGAUGGGAGACAAACUUGCCGAUGUUGUAAUUGAAGCAACGGGACGUCCAGAAGCUGUUUCGGAAGGAAUGGAACUCUGUAGAGAUGGUGGAACAUAUGUUGUUGUGGGUCAGUACACUGACAAUGGGAGCGUUAGCAUAAACCCCCAUUUCUUGAUCAACCGCAAACACAUCACUAUCAAGGGAUCUUGGGGUUCGGAUUUCAGUCAUUUCUACAGAGGUGUGCAGUUUAUGGACAAAAAUUCUCAUUUACCGUGGGAUUUAGUGGUUAGCAAAUGUUUUGAUCUUGAGGAUGCAGAACAGGCCAUUGCAUGUGUAGAAAGACUAGAGGUUUUCAAAGUCCUCCUAAGACCCACUAAAAACAAAUGACACUCCCAAAGUCUGCAAACACAGAGUUGAUUGUUGCAGCAUUUGUUUUAUUACAAUCUAACUCUAGCAUGGGAUUUGUGGUUUGGGCAUGGCAGAGUAACCGCUCAUAGGGUACUAGUAGUGAAAUGUACCUAUAGUUGAGCAGCCUAAUAGUUGUGAGGGCAUUGAGAUAUUAGAAGAUUGUGUUUUAAUAUAAUAGUUGUGAUUUCAAAGUUC